AUCCUCAAACCGCCGACUUAUAAUCAGGAACAAUCGCAAACUUACCAGGGGGGCAGCGAUAGAAGAAGGUAAAUGAAGUCCGCGCCGUAGCAGCAUGCACUGAGCCAACAAAACCUUGUAUAAGCGCCUUCAUGAGUUGGGAACUGCUUACCACACACACAGGAUCCACGCCGUAAUACAUCCCCAAAGUAUGCUGCUCUCGUCAACUGGAGAUGCUACUGAUCAUCUUGUUCCCUGCAUAGGUUAACGCGACAUGUUACUAGGAGUGUCUCAAGAAGCGCACCCCACCGCAAGAGUAUCCGCGGAUCGGAUGGUGCAAGAACGAUCGGCGCCUACGCGGACGAUGCGAAGCCACACUGAUUCAUUGUUGGCGGUUGCGUUCUUCAAAGACGGCCGACGAGUCGUUACCGCUUCACACGACAAAACCUUGCGAAUUUGUGACAUGCAGAGAGGAUCACUGGUAGGAGGGCCAUUCGAGGGUCACAAGGACUAUGUGCGAUCGGUCGCAGUAUCGCCAGACGACAAGCAAAUUGCGAGCAGCGGAGAUGAUAAAGCCAUCAUCGUCUGGGAUGUUGAGAGCAAACAGAUGAUAUUCGAUCCACUGGAGAAGCAUACAGGCUGGGUGUUGUCGGUGUGUUUCUCACCUGAUGGAAAGAGACUCGCCAGCGGAUCGCACGAUAAAACAAUUGUUGUAUGGGAUGCCAAGACUGGCGCUAUCCUUGCAACAAUUGACGGUCAUAAUAAUUCGGUCUGGAGUGUUGCAUUCAGCCCAGAUGGGCUAAAACUAGCCUCCGGGUCAGCGGACCAUUCCAUCCGGAUUUGGCGCUCCGACAAUGCCGAGCUUCUUCUCAAAAUCGACGCUCACCAACAUUGGAUUCGAAGCGUCGUGUGGUCGCCUGACGGUCAGCAACUUGUUUCUGCGUCGUUCGACAAAACAGUCAGAUUUUGGAGCUCAGAUGACGGAGCCCAGAUCGGUCAACCUUGCACUGGUUACGCUUACCACUCGCUCGCCAUAUCUUCUGACGGCUCCUUCAUUGCCACUGCCUCGGAUGACAAGACUUUACGGCUUUGGAGCACAAAGACACACAAGUUGAUAGGACAGGUACUCGAGCACGCUGCCUGGGUUCGCUGUGUUGCGAUUUCUCCCAAUGGAGAGGUGCUUGUGAGUGGUGAUGGUGAAGGGAAGGUGCUGCUCUGCUCUAUCAAGAAUAUACUUGAGCAAUACAAUGCAGAGGAAGGGAUAUUGGAAAAUGAAGAAGCACGGCAACAACAACUCCCAUUCAGUGAGGCUCAGCUGCGCAGUUACGAGAGAAAUGAAGAGUUCCUUGGCAAUCACGGCAGUCCGAGUAAUCAUUCCUCGGAAAUUGACGAAGACUCUGACAUUGACGACGUACACUCAUUAUUUGACAUCUUUACUAUACAGGCGACGCUCCGCGAUGCAUCCAUUACUGGUAUCCUGGAUACCGCUGAAGAGCUGCUCACCCAAGAGAUUGACGCGGAUGAUAACAACUACGAAUCCUAUGCUAAUCGCUCAAUUGUAAGGGCACGACGUGCCGAGUGGAAGUAUGCACUUCAAGACGCAGUCAAGUCAAUUGCGAUCCAGCCUUCCUUAUUGGGCUACAUUUCCAAGGCCAUCGCCCUCUGCGGCAAUGGGCAGCUCUGGGGCGCAAUGGAAGCUUUCGACCUCGCUUUCAUAUUUUGCAAUCGUGAUCCGAUUAUGGUCGAUCUCUUACUAUUGAUCAAGGCUGUCUCACUUUUCAAUGCUAAUUAUCACGAUGAGGCGAUGCGGCGAAUUAAAGACCUGACUACUACUUAUCAACACCGAAAUAGAUUUCCAUGCAACGUUAUUAAUUCAUAUUUACGUGCGCAGCUUGCGAUAAUUGAUUUGAAGAAUGGGCAGUACAGCGAAGCCGCUGAUCAAUUCACGGCCAGUAUUACUGGUUUGUUCUUACACCCGACACUUUUAGAACCUAGAUUGAAGAUAUUCACGGUGCUUUUCGGUUGGGAUUUAGAUUCGUUAUGGGAAACUAUCAGCCAAAGACAGUGUGAUGCGUUCCUCCUCGCUGGUCGGGUGAUCGAAGCAGUCGAAUCUUUUCAAUAUAUGAUGAACAUGGUUAACGAAGCUGGGAAGGGCAGCCGCAUCGAAUGGUCUACCACUAGACUGCACUGCGCACUGCAUCGCAAAGGCACACGAGGCUGUUACUGCGAGCAAUUAUGAGAUGGCUGUUUCAUUGUAUACGGCCGCGAUUGCGCUAGAUUCUACGAGGACGUCCCUCUUUGCGCACCGCAGUAAGGUAAAUUUAGAACUAAAACUCUAUGCAGAAGCCCUUCAGGAUGCGGAAAAGGUCAUUGAACUCGACCCGUCGUCAUAUCUUGGUUACGAAAUGAAACACGUAGCACUCUACGAGGCCCAACAUUAUGGCGAAGCAAUUGAGGCCUUUGAGAUGAUGCUCUC